AUGUCCGACAAUCCUCGUCAUCUAAAUCCACAGUAUCGGCGGCGGCACAGGAUAGAUCCUGAGCGCGAGGGAACUGAUAAAGACUAUGGAGCACACAAGCAAACAUGGAGCGAAAGAUUUACUAGACUCGGAUAUAUCCUGAUCCAGAUUGCCUCUCUCCGAAAGCCGAUCUUCGGUCCACCGCGUCGACGGCCUCCUCCUGACUGCAAAUACCGUCAUGACCACAAUCGGCACUGCCGUGGUAGGACAAGAACCCCGUCUCGGGGAAGUCACAAGAGCCUCCACAGGCUUCAAAGAGACCGAAGCUAUAGUAGCAAUCGCAGGAAAGCCCCCUCCGGUUCAGAAACAGAUCUUAGGGGGGGCCAGGAAGACAAAGGCUCCCAGUCCACAGAAGUUGUAACGCCAGAUCACCGGGGUGCCUUUCCCAAGCCAAAGAAUGCAGGUGCUCCUCCAAGCUCUAUUACGCUGUGCCCCAGUGAUGGCCUCCAAAGGGAGGGCGCCCUCGAUGCCGAUAUAACUCCUGAGACGUGGCCAGAGCUGCGAGAGAAAGGUUCUUAUAUUGCCCCUGUUGGCUCUUCUGCCUCUGUCGCCUAUCUUGACUCUGUCGCCUCUCUUGUCGCUCUCAAGUCUGUCGAGCCUGUAGAGCCUGCCGAGCCUGUCGAGUCUGUCGACUCAGAUGACUCUGCUGAGUCUGUCGACUCUACUGUUUCCACUUUAAAUCAGGGGGAUGAGUGUCAGCUCGAAGUCUCAUCAGAUCAUGGCACCCUUGAACCUGAGAGUCUUGACUCUCCGCAUUCGUCUUCCCCAACCACGCUGCCAGCUUUCCUCUAUCCGGGGUCAAUUGUCAGGAGAAAGGUACAGGGUGACCUCCAUCCUCAUACUAUCCUCCACAUCGAACAGGAGGAGAACAAAACCCCGAUAAUCUGGACAUGUAUCUGCAAGAGCCGUCCUCGGCUCUGGAAGAUUCGACAACAAUAUGGGAAUGCAAACAAGGUGAAAAGGCACUUCAUCUACUUCGGUGGCGUAAAACUCAACAAGGGUUUCAAAACCGAUGGCAUUGAAAUGCCAACAGUCCCCGAAGUUGAGAUCCAGGGACCUCCCAUGCCCAAAUGCACAUACCUCGAGCUCAGCUCGUGUCAGGCUUUUGGCCCUGGAGAUUUUAAGACAUUCUCCGGUGGGCAACGCCACCUAAAGCCUUCAAGUUUGGACAAGGUUAUAAACGAACUGUCCCAAACAAAUACCAAACAUACAUGGUUGCAAAAACAAAAAGAGUCCUCCUGGGAGCGUCCCCGUCGCGCAACCGGAAAUACUCAUGAAAGAAUCUUCGCGUAAGAAUCUUCGACCUGUCAAAAACAUCACUCCAGCCUAGGCGUACCUAUGUCUCCAAGUAUCACAAAUUGUGAUGGAGAUAAAGGCGCCCAAGGCAAGUUUAUGACAGCCCAGGAACUCCCCGGCAUGCACCGGGGGUUCAGACCGUUUACUCGGAUAUUAUUUUAUUCAUUCGAUUCGACAUGAGUAGCUAAUCUCAGAGGUUACGGGUUUGCCUAAACGAGCAAUUCCGUCGAUAUGAUAUUCGCUAGUGUUGGUGUUCAUGACCCGUCACAUCUGUAUGACGCCGAGACACCACCUUCUCCUUUCGAAGAAAAAAAUAAUUAAAAAACUCUCUCACUCUGGGAUAAAGAAAAGAAGAAAGUAAAAUACACCUAAAACUAUCCUUAAAAAAAGGAAAUAAAUAAUUAAUUAAAGAAAUUGGGUUUUGCUUACCAG